GUCCAUUUUCUUCCUGUAAAAAGAUCAAACAUUCCUAGCUCGACAACACAACAUCCCAUAAACCACUUUUGGUUUUCAUAAAAACCACAUUUCCUUUUCAUAAAACAAUAAUCAACAUUUAUAUUUUUAAUAUAAAAUUACAAAAAUUACACAAAAAAAAAAAAAAAAAAAAAAAAAAAACUUAUCUUCUCCUCAUUAAUAAUCUUGAAUACUACUCCUCCUACCUUUUCCUAAACCGUACAACACUCUCUUUACCCCCAAUACUCCAUAUAUACCACCACCACCACCACCAUAUCCUUUCCGCUGUCUAAAAAAUUAAAUCACGCAUCAAUUGGUGUAAUUAAAAAUUAUCGACCAUCACAAUAUAGUGGUAUCGAAAAUGGGGAGAGGAAGGGUGCAGCUAAAGAAGAUAGAAAAUAAGAUAAAUAGACAAGUAACAUUCUCAAAGAGAAGAAGUGGGCUUGUUAAAAAAGCACAUGAAAUAUCAGUUCUUUGUGAUGCUGAAGUUGCUCUAAUCGUUUUUUCUCACCGUGGAAAACUCUUUGAGUAUUCCUCUGAUUCUUCUAUGGAGAAGAUCCUAGAGAGGUAUGAGAGGUACUCUUAUGCAGAAAGGCGGCUAACUUCUAAUGAUCCAGACUCACAGGUAAAUUGGACCUUUGACUUCGCCAAACUGAAGGCCAAGCUUGAACUUCUACAUAGAAAUCACAGGCACUACUUAGGACAAGAGUUAGACUCACUCAAUGUGAAAGAACUCCAAAGUUUAGAGCAACAACUUGAUACUGCUCUAAAAAAUGUUCGAUCAAAGAAGAACCAACUGAUGCAUGAGUCCAUCUCUGAGCUCCAGAAAAAGGAGAGGGCAAUGCAGGUGCACAACAAUAUGCUGUCAAAGAAGAUCAAGGAGAAAGGAAAAAACAUGGCACAAGUGCAACAGUUGCAGUGGCAGGAGCAGCAGUCACCACCGCGAAAUCAUCAAGAAGGCCCUUCUGAUGCAUCUAAUUUCCUACUUCCACCUCCACCACCUUCUUUAAACAUGGGUGGUGCAUACCAAGGUGAACUUGGUGGUGAAGGAAGGAGGAAUGAUCUUGAUCUGACACUCGAACCAAUAUACUCAUGCCACAUGGGAUGCUUUACUAAUUGAGAGAAUAAUCAACUCAAGGUAUUUAUGAGAUAUUAAUGUAUCUUAAUUAUAUUGCUCAUGAAGCCCUAAAAAAAGACCAAUUAUUAGAGUUGUAUUAUGCAUGUAUUAUUAGUUUGUUACUGCAGUAACUCGUUACUAAUUAAGCUCGUUUAAUGCACGAGUUGGAUUUUCAUAUAUUAUGUAACAACAAAGUUGGUUAUAAAUAAAUGGUAACAACAAUGAGAAUUUUAUGUUUGUAUCUACUUA